UUAUAUUUACUGCAUGGUGUUCCAUUUAAAAUAAUACUUUUCAGUGAAUACUUUCGAGAGAUGCAGUCGUUAGUGUUCGCGUCGCCUGUGCUUGUGUAAGAAAAUGUUAGAAAAUGAGAAAAAUGUUUUAAUGAAAAAUUUAGAAGUGAUAAAAUUCGUAAAACUCUUAAGCUUUUACAGCCUGAGAUUUUGAGAGAUCUGAAGAUCUGAUUGAGGAAUCUUGAGAAACUGAAUUUUUGUUUAGAUAUUAUUAUCGCAGAGUUAAAAACUCGUUAGUGCUCUGAAGUCUGUGAAUAUUAAUCAUGUCAGGGUUGUUCGAGCAAAUCAAGCAGCUCUACGAUCAGGCGCUCUACUCCAAUGUGAUUUCUCUGACGAAUCUAGUACUUUCCCUCAGCGAGCAUAAUGCUGACAUGCUACCUGGCUAUAGCAAAUUUCAUGUAUAUGUUUAUUACGCGGAUGCUCACUUUCAUUUGGGCAAAUAUCGCAGGGCAGAGACCCUCUACAAGAAGGCUCUACAGUUCCGCAAGUGCCUACUCAAGUCUAAAGGCACGGGAAAGCCACUGUUGGAUGGGCAAAAGGAUCUACCAUCGGAUGUUAAUAUCAAAUAUCAGAUCCACUUGUGCCUGGUGAAAUCCAAGAAUCCACAGGAGGCAUUACAAGUCUUACAGAGUAUUCCUGGUAAGCAGCGUACUGCCAAGGUGAAUAUGGCACUGGCUAAGAUGUUCCAGGAGCAAGGAAUGGAGAGGUCUGCCAUCACCACGUACAAGGAAGUCCUUCGAGAGUGCCCACUGGCAUUGGAAGCGGCUGAAGGUCUCCUGUCUUUAGGAGUAAAGGGCGUCGAGGUGAACUCUCUGAUCGUCAGCUCAGUCUCUGGCUCGCUGAACUUGGAAUGGCUCAACACGUGGAUCAAAGCUCAUGCUCAUAUUCACAAUAGGGAGUACACUCAUGCUGUGACCUCGCUGCGCACGUUGGACAAUGUCGUCUUGCUGAGGGAUAAUUUCAAUCUGUUGACUAUCAUGGGCGAAUGCUACUAUUAUGCUGGCGAUGACAAGAACGCCCUGAUGUGUCUCAGGCGAGCCCGAGUUAUUGAACCAGAUAUAACAAAGGGAGUGGAUGUUUACGCUGCAGUCCUGUACAAGUUGCAUCACAUCAAGGAGUUGGAGCGACUAGUACCGGCAAUCACCACGAACAACGAAUGUACCGGCGAGAUUUACGUGGCGAUGGCGUACUCGUUAUAUGCUGCCCGAAAGUUUAGUAGAGCGAAUAGCCUGACUGCCCAGGCGUUGAAUCUGAAUCCCAAUGACAUAGAAGCCACCAUAUUGCGCGGCAACAUACUCAUCGAGCAGAAGAAGUACCAGGAUGCGUUGUUCUUCUUCAGGCAUGCGGUACAGUUGAAACCCUACAGAUACGAGCCGCAUAAAGGCUUGGUAGACUGUCUCGUUGGAAUGCACAGGUUGCGAGAGGCUUUGAAUAUUGCCAGCAGUUCCUGUAAACAACUUGGGCACACCGCCAGAGUUUUAACACUGUACGCAUCCGUGUUGAUGAAGGAUCCUGUAUCGGUGGGCAAGGCUAAGAAUCUGCUCGAGAAGGCACUGUCCCAAGACGAAGUCUACUUAGCCGCAGUGUACCUACUCGCGGAGAUAUAUGAGCAGGAAAUGAACCUGGAGGCGGCCAUUGAAUUGCUCGAGAGGCAGGUGGAGAUCCAUUCCACCUGCAAGCUCCAUCAGACUUUGGGAGACUUGUGGGCGAGAGUGCACAACGAGGAAAAGGCUCUAGAUCAUUACGCCAUAGCCUUGAAUUUGGACCCAAGCAACAGGCGGGCUCUAGAGGGAAUGCACAGGUUGGACAAUUCUUCCAGCAAGUUGGACUCUGCUUACUACAUGACUGUCGGUGAGGAACAAGCGGAUACGACCUACGAUGUUGGUGACGGCUUACCGGACACGGACAACGACGAGGCACCCGAAGAGAGCGAGACCGAAGCCAUUUGGUCGGACAUGGACUUGGAGGCCAAUAGUCAAUAGUUCGUCACUGGAUAGGAAUAUAAUAAUAAAUGGAAGUCGCUGGAUCUUUUAGCUUCUAGUUAACGAACAAUUCCAAUCUCUUGGAAAAAGAACGUUGCAGGCAUUCAGCGUGAAAUGGAACGAGACUAGUGUCUGUGAUUCGAUAAAUUCGGUGGAAUGCAAUGAAUUGUACGCUUUUCUUUUUUUAUUUAUGGAAGAUAAUAAGAUUUGUUUCUCACAGUUGUGCUUUGUAAUAUUGUCAUUACGCAAACGAAACCCAGAAUUUAUAAAACUGUUUGUUGGACAAA